AAACUUUCUCUCUCUAAAUUUAAUAAAGAUACCAAAUAGCAUACCCCAUUGCACACCUCACACGAGCACACACCCACACACCCACGCACAAAUACCCACAUAAAAACUCCCACCCACUCUCCCUUUCCUUCUCAAAUACAAAACCAAAGCCAAGAAGAAGACAGAGCUCCCCCUUUUGGCCAGUGAAGAAGCCCUUUGGGUUCCUCAUCAUUUCCCAUAGAGAUUCAGGAGAAGAUCUCUUUCAAUUUUCAUACCCGGAAAAAGAAACACCCUAUUUCCUCAAAAAUGCCCACAAAGCCUUAAAUUUCUCCUCAUACCCACUUGCACAAGCAUUUCACGUUCAAAUUGAAUUGUGGGUUCGGAUAGUAAAUGUUUUAGAUGAGGUGCAAGAAGCACCUUUGCGACCUCACCAGCGCCGUCGGUGUCUGCUCCUCUUGCCUCCGGGAACGCCUCACCGCCCUCAUCGAGGCCCAAACCAAGGCCCAGGCCCAGGCCCAGCUUUCUCGGCUCCACUCCCGGACCUCCGCGCCGCCCGAUGAACCGAAGCGCAAGUCAGACCCGAAUCCUCCGCCUCUCAUCUUCCCUCGCUCCGUCUCCCCCUACGUUUCUCGAAGAAAAUCGGACGACUCCACGUGGCACCACAACCACCGUCUAGAUCAUCAAAACCAGCAACAACAGCACCGUAUUCGAUUCUACAGUACGCCCCAGGUGGGCCCCACCUACAACAGCGCCACCAGCACCACCAUUGAAGGGUCGUGCAGGAAGACCAAGACCAAGUUCUCGCUCUUAUCGAGCCUUUUCCGGUCCAGAUCCGAUAAGUUUUGGUCGGAUCCUAGUUCUUCGACGCUUCAGCCCACGUCGUCCUCCUCGGCUUCGUCGCCGUCGUGGUUCUCGGCGAUCUUCUCCGGAAAACGACGGAAUCGAUCGAAGCAGCUCUACGCCGACGAGUCCAACAACACCGGCGGGCAGAGACCUCGCGGGUUGUCGCCUGAUAUAACGCCCGAUCCCUUCGAGGACUGCGAGCGAUCGCGAUCAGGCAGCGGGGACUCGUCGGGGGCGACCCCGGAGUGGAAGCGGACGCCGACGCUGGCUCCAUCGUCGACUCGGAGGACACGUGUUGGCCAGGGGAAGAACAACGUCUCGGGUCUGGCGUUUUGCCUGAGCCCCCUAGUUCGGGCCAGCCCGAACCGGAACUGGGGCCAGAAGGGGUUGCCGCCGGAGUUCGCCGGCGAGAUUCGGGUAGCGGCGGCGUUUUGCAAGAACCGGUCGAGGAAGCUGGUGGAUUUCGGUAGAGCCAAUCCUAACCGUUGAUCGUACUGACCAUUGUUGUGCUGUUGACAACCACACUGUUGUUUAUCGCGUUUGUCUGUCGAAAGUACGAUUUUGCCCCCUUCAUCUUUUUUUUCUUUUUCUUUUUCAAAUUUUCUUUUUUAAAACAUAUGGAUGGUAAUUUAAAAGGGAAUGUUGGCUGUGUCUCUGUACACUAAAAAUGUUAUUGCUUGUUGGUUACCCACAAGAUAGAUUCUUUUUGUUGUAUAAUUUGGAACCUUAUAUAAUUUUAAAUACAGUGAGUAAUUUUUUAAA